AUGAGAGCUUUGUUUCGUUUCGUUCUAUCAGUUGCAGAGCUCUCUGGUUUAAGUUCAUCAACAGCAAUGGAAGGCAAAACAAUGAUUCUCAAGACUUGGGAUAAACAAGAAUUCAAAGUGGAUGAAAGUGUGAUAAUGCAAUCCGAAUACCUUACAGACUUAAUGCAAGACUACGAGAAUGAUAAGAGCUAUUGGGAGGAAACAUCAAUUCUAAGUGUACCCAUGUAUGGCAUCUCUCCCAGAUUAUUGGAGAAGUUGCUAAGUUUCUGUAAUUAUCAUGCCACUGCCAAAUCCAACAAUACAACCCAGGAGGUUGUGAAUGAAUGGGAAAAGUCGUUUGUUGAUGAACUGAAAGGGGAUAUGCCAACUUUAUUCUGUCUUCUCAAGGUUUCUCAUUACCUAAAAGUGAAUCAUCUUUAUUUUCUAUUAUGUCAAACUGUUGCUGAUUCGCUUGUGGAAUGCGAGAACACCAGUGAUCUCCAGCGAUUAGUCACCAUACCCGAAGUUACAGAAGAGAUCGCACAGUUGUUCCCCGUUAUUGUAAGCAACGAAGACAAUAUGAUCCCUUGA